UUCAGUUAAAAAUUUAUUCUUCACAGCAUAGACCUUUUUACAAGUUGUGACCCACAUCACAAGAUUUUGUAGGUUCUACUGAACACAACCAGCUGGUCUGUUUGGUGCUACAGCCUGGUGGCGAGUUUGAGAACUAUUUUGUAUGUUGUUGUUUAUCCAAGAUGACGCUGUGUGCUGACGCUGCAGGAGUUGACAAUUUGUCCUUUCUCAAUGACGACCAGCUAUUAGAGCUUUUGGAGAACUCUGAUUUGGAAGAUUUUGAUAUUGAUGAAGAAGAUGUGCCACAACUGCAAUUAGCUGUAGCUAAUGAAAUGGAAGCAGACCCACAACGGUGUCCAUCACCACUGAACUCUGACAUUCCACUACAAGUCCGGAUGGAACAAGAAAAGCUCAGACAACGGUGGAGAAUAAAACCUUGGGAAACGCCAAUUGUGGCACCCAUCAUUGAACUUCCAGUAAGUAUUCUCGUAGCCUACAUUAUUAAACUUAGGCCAGAUCAAAACUUAACUUUCAAGAAUCAAAGUCAAGUUCGUGCAAAGUUGUUUAGUUUGAUUAUUGUUGAUGUUAUGUCAGGUACAAAUGAAAGAACUACAAAAAAUGUACUGCAAAAAAUAUUCUUUUAGCAGACUAAGAUUUGUUUUGUUGUUACAGGUGGAGGAAC